AUGGCCCCUCUUAGAGUAAUCAUUAUUGGCGGCGGCCUCGCAGGUGCUUGUCUAGCAAACGGCCUCAUCAACAAGUCCGAUGGUCAAAUCGACGUGACCGUCUUCGAACGCGACGAAGCUGGCUCAGAACGAGGAGGCUACCAAAUCCGUCUUGGAGCGCACGCACUCAUUGGCUUCAAAGCCUGUCUGACCGAAGAACAAUACAAAAACCUCCUCCCAUGUUUUGGCAAGUCUGGAGGCGUCGUGUCAUCUGCCCCCUGCAUCUUUAGUCCUUCUGACUUGAAGGUCUUGAUCGACUUGAGUAAAGCUCCAGUUUAUGAGAAGAGCGCUCCGAUUGCACGAACGAGACUUCGGAACUUUCUCCAGCAGCCAUUGCAGGAGAGGGACACCAUAAAGUUUGGUAGGAAGUAUGUUAGGUAUGAAGUACUUCGAGGAAAGGAAGCUGGCCAGAGCAGCAUCAGGGUUCACUUCAGCGACGAUACGUAUCACGACUGCGAUGUCCUCAUAUCUGCAGAGGGAAGCGGAAGUCGAAUAAACAAGCAGAUUGGACUGAACAACAUCAUCACCGAGGUGACGCCUGGACAUGGUGGCUACCUGGGCAAAUGUCAUCUACCCUGGUCUGUACUACAAACAUUACCGCGACAACUUUUAGAGAAGGGCACGAUAUAUACCGGUAACUCCAAAGCCAUGGUGUUUGCCGCUUUAUAUCUACCAGAAGCCUUGUCGUCUUCCAAAAACGAGCACAUGGAUAUCCUGAGACCCAAAGGCUAUGACGAGGAUGAAGCUUCCUUGUUCCUCGGAAUGGCAUGGACAACAGGUCCUGAAGCAGCAGAGCUACCUCAAGUCAAAGACAAGAAGGGGCUAAUGAAGAAGAAGCUCACAGAGGCUAGCUUCCAUCCUGACUUUCACAAGCUUGUCGAUGCUGUCGAUGAUGAGGCUAUCAUGACCACGCCUUGGCGAUACGCAAAGAACAACACCCCUGUUAAUUGGAGACAACAACUUCUGUCCAAGAGCGAGAAUAACUCAAAUCCAAGCAUUGCGAAUCCGCGUGUUUGGCUUAUCGGGGAUUCUAUCCACCCGAUGCUACCGUCUAGAGGAAUGGGAGCUAACAAUGCGAUCCACGAUACAGCUGAUGCACUUGGUCCACUACUCGAACUUGCGAAGUUGAAAAACGUAGAUGGAGAUGUGACUGAUGAGAAGGUGAGUGAGCAGUUGGCGGUGUAUGAGAAGGCUAUGAUGCCGAGAGCUUUGGAAUGGGUUAAGAAGAGCAGUAACCAACAGUUGCCUGACCUGGAUAGUCUGACUGGGCGUGGGAUAAUUAUUGGUCUGCAAGUGAUGCUGUUUGUAGUUAGUGGCUUCAUGAACUGUCUUAGGAUGUUUGGCUGGGAGCCGAAGGACGAUGCUCCUGAGCUUCACUGA